AUGUCCGCUCGCAGAGACGCAAAAUACCCCAGCCGUGACCUUUCACCGCGGGGCCGCUUGUACCGGCGACAAGACUCGUCAGUGUCGAAUUCGCAGGAACCGACCCCGGGCUCGAGCUCAAACCCACCCCCCUCGUCUGACCAGCCACCGUCGUCAAACUCCCCCACGUCGUCAACAACCCCUCCCCCCUCAUCGUCAACCCCAACAACGAGCAGCACUCCCACCUCUAAUCCACCCACGAGUGAACCGCCCACGUCGACGCCACCCACAUCAACUCCCCCCACAUCGACGCCACCGACUUCAACGCCGCCGACUUCAACGCCGCCGACUUCCACACCUCCAACUUCCUCCCCAACCACGAGCACGCCAACUACCUCGGACCCCGCAUCCACAUCCACAUCGACGACUAUUGUGACUCCACCAGCGUCAACGACCACGACACAGGAGCCUCCAUCCUCCGCCUCGACCUCGACGACGGUUGUCAUCGUUACGGAUGACACAUACUCAUCGACGCCGACGUCCACGAGCCCCGGCUUGACGACAUACACUCGCAAUGGCACGACUGUGGUCGUGUCUAUGACUGCGACUGGUCAAUUCCAGAGCGAAAUAGCCCAUGCCGGCGGGAACACACACGCGAACGUUGGCGCGAUCGUCGGGGGCGUGCUGGGGGCCGCAGUGGCAUUGGGCGCGAUCGUCGGCCUCCUCCUCUUUUGCCGCCAUCGCCGUCGAAAGCAGCGCUACGAUGGCGUCCCGCAGAUGCCCCCGCGUCCUAGCUGGACGCCAUUGUCACCGGUGGCAACGGGAGCCGCGACCCUCAGCCCAGACCCUACUUACGAGCCCUACUACGACUCAUUCCAGCGCUACGACCCAUCUGGCCCGUGCUCGACUCAGCCUACGUCGGAUGGCCACGUCCGUUCAAACCCCAACUCACAGUACUCUACCUACUCGCAGCUGUCAACGAUAGACCCGACGCCCGAGUCGAGCACGAGACAACUGUUAAGCGCUGGAUCGGGCGCAGCCACCGCAGGUGGUGUUGCAGGUGGUGUCCCAGGGGGUGCUGCUGUUGGUGCCGGGACUGCUGUGACCGGGGCUGCUGUGGCUGGGGCUGGUGUGGCCGGUGCGGGCGCACGAAGCGCACGAAGCAGCGACGACGACAUCUGGAACGAGGCGCGGAUGUACCAGACCAGCUAUCUUCCCGAGCCCUAUCCUAUCAACAGGGCCGAGCACACUGGUACGCCCUCGUCAGCAUACGCGUGGGGCGCGGCUCAGCCCAAACGCCAGCUUGGGAUGACGAACCCCGACCCAGAGACGCCGGACACGCCCAAGUCUAGCUACUUCGGGUUAUCGGAGCUUGGGGACGGAAGUCCAGGCGUGAGUGCUCCUGGGGCUGGUUCAGGGGCGGCGGCGGUGGGAGUAAGCGCAGCUGCGGCUGGAGAUGUGCCCCUGUCGCCACCACGGCCACCGAAGAGCGAGCGUCGCCUGAGCAACUCCCCCCUCGUGGUGGCGGCGAACAUUGCCGACCAGAGGAUGGAGCAGCCUCCUCUCUCGGCUGUUGGCACAACCGACUCGGACCCCUUCAGGUGGGAUGCAAUGAGCACGGCCCAAACAGCCCUCACGACCAACAGCACUGAGCAUUCGCAACCAGGCCUCGCAUUCUCCACCCCUUCUGGCGCAGAUCAGCCCGUUGCUGGCGCUGGCCGUCUACCUGUCACCACAGCUGGGGCCAGUGUGCAGAGACAGGAGACACUGCCGCCGUACCAGCCCGAGUGGGAGAACCGCCUCAGCGGGAGCACUUUUGGGGACAUGAAGCGCGAACUGCGUGAGCGCAGCCGAGACACAAACUAG